AUGCUAUUUUUGGCUCUAUGAUGUUAUUUAAAGUUAGAUGUGUAUUCAGUUUCUUCUCAAAUCUGUGCACGAUAAUUUAUCUUUGUGUUGAAUCUGUAAGAAAGUGAAUAAAUAACGAAUUACGCUUGAGAAAAUGGAUUCUUUACCAACAGAGGUACUAGUUCAUAUAUUUUCCUACUUGAAACCAUGUGACAGACUUGAAACAAGUUUGGUAUGCAAAAGAUGGUUACAAGUUAACAAUUGCUUAGACCUUCUGAAGGAUAUUCAUCUGACCAUUUAUGAACCUUGUUUUCUGCCUGACCAACUGUCGCGAAAUUUUUCUUCAUUCAAAUUCAGAAGAAUUGUUAUUGAUUGCAAUUUCGUUGCACUUUUGAAGCUCUUAGGUAGACAACUUUACUACUUAUCACUUGGUGACUGUGAUUUCAGUAGAGAACUUGAUGACUUUGAUGGAAAAGUCGAUUACUUGAAUAACUUGAAGAUUCUUGAAAUAACACAGACCAGUGCAUUUUACUUGUUUUCUUCAUUACCACUUCUUGUUGAGUUGUAUCUAUAUACUGAGUUUUCGAUUUCGGAUCAAACCCUCUUGAGAUUUAAAUAUAUGAUGCCAAAGCUUAGGGUGUUUUUUUUAUCGUGUGAUAUCUGUUUUGAUAAAAGAGCUUACAAAAGAUUUUAUCCAAACGAAAUAAACGUAGAGACUAAUCCAUCUCCUAUGGUGCUCAGCUUUCCAGCUGUUGAAUUUUAUAUCCGUGAAAGGUCCCGGACUCUUCAGGUAUUGGGAUUUGACCACACUUCCAUCUCAGCUGCAGCUCUGAGUGCAAUAUCGAACAUAGAAAACCUUCAGCUUCAGAAAAUAUCGCUGAGGGAUUGUAAAGAAUGCGGAAAAGGGCUCGAAGAUCUAUUCCGAAAUCAAACACAGUUGAAGGAAGUGAACUUAAAUGGUGUACGAGAAAUUCUGAGUGAUGCGGUGAAAGCUAUGUGCUUAUUACCCAAUUUGCGUAAAGUUAAGGUAAGCGAGUCACAAUACAUAACAAGAUUUAGUGCAGAACGAAUUUUCCAACUAUCCAAACUAGAGGAAAUUGACUUUUCUAAGUGUAAAGACAUCACUGUCAAUGGCUUUGAUCUUGCCACUUCUCAAUUAAAAGCUUUUAAACUGAAAGUUAUAAAUCUGAGUUCCUGCAAUAUUGGCAGCAAGGCAAUUUCAAAAUUGAUAAACUCUUGCAGAUAUCUCACUUUCUUGGAUUUAAGUGAUUGUGAAGUCUCGGACCAGAAUGUGAAUGAGAUGUCAAGAAUGCUUGCUCUUCUGACGUACCUUAAACUAAGCAGAUGCAGAGGUAUUACUGAUUUGGCUUUGACUGGAUAUUCAAAUUGUGAUAUGAAAGAGGAGCAGGAAAAAAAUAUGUCUUUGCCUGAAGAUUCAAACCCGAAAAUGAAUGUAAAAAAGAACGAAAAUUGGUCUCUGUCUAAUAUCAAGGGACUGAAAAAAUUGUACUUAAAUGACUGUCACCAAAUUACCAGUGUUGGGAUUGUGGAAGGCUUGAAGCUACAAGAGCUAGAUACUUUAGAUAUAAGAGGUUGUAGCAUUUCCGCUAAUGUAGUGUGUAACUUAAGAACACAAAACCCAAAUUUAGAUAUAAUUUUUGACACAGAGUCAGGCCCAGAGUGGCUGAUUCUGUAGCCUUAAAGAUGCUGAAAGGGGCCCUUGCUGGGACGUCCAACAGCCCCCCCCCCCCCCCCCCCGUGUCAAAUUUUUGAAAGUUAUGUGCCAGGAAAGCAUAUUUUGUUC